AUGCUAACGAGUCCCAGGCCAGGUGGUAGCUUCUAUCCAUCCUGCGCAACAUCAGAUAAUCGGCCUAUAGUUUGCGUCUCUGUGUUGACGGUCUGCAAAUCCGAUAGUUCUGGAUUUAGCACCUCAUCGCCGACAGACGUGAAUGCCCGUGUCACUUAUCGUCCGAGCUGCCAGCCACAAGGUGUCCACGUCAAAUGCGAUUUGCCUCCGAAUGAGCUCGCAACUCCUACAAAUGACGGGACGUCUAGGCUGGGGGAAUCGAAGAAUGAGGGCGAGAGGAGUGAAAGGAAAGAUACUGAAGUGGACAAUUUUAAGCCCCAUAAGGGUUCGACGAUUAAGAAUGAUGGAUUGUCUGAAGAGCAGAACAGCUCUUGCCUCCUGGAGCCCCUCACCGAGACUCGAAAACAGGCUCAAGACGAUAGACUGCCCGAGUCGGAUCAAGUUGUUGAAGCAUGGCCACCCGAGGAGGCUAGUUUGUCCUUGAUCAGCCUCAUUCAGAGCAGGAGAGUUCUCUUGGAGACGGCCUUCUGUAGUUCUUUAGAUUCCAGGCAACCCAGCAACAUCCAUGAAUUUAUUUGGCAAGCUGGACCGCUUAGCAAUUCUUCUGCUGCCUUCCCACUUGAGCAACUUGGUCCCGUCAUCUCAGCCCGGCUGACUGGCUCUACUUCCCCGGCCCGGCCUCCUAUAGAUCCGGGCAGUUUUGGGCAGCCCGAUCGGUUAACGAGUCACGAAGCCCAGGUGGCCUGUCUUCCGGGAAAGAUAUCACAGACACGAGGCCCAUCAGAUGGUGACGGGCCUUUGAAGUCCGACUUCACCUUGAAACCGGCCUUUUCUGCUGGAAUCGGCAUGCAACAAAUGCCCAAUCUUAGUGUGCCAAGUUGA